UACAGGUGCAGGGGAGUCUGGCAAGAGCACCAUCGUAAAGCAAAUGAAGAUCAUCCAUGAAGAUGGCUACUCAGAAGAUGAGUGUAAGCAGUACCGAGCAGUGGUUUACAGCAACACCAUCCAGUCCAUUAUGGCUAUUGUUAAAGCCAUGGUCAAUCUGAAGAUAGACUACAGCAGCACUACCAGAGUGGACGACGCCCAGCAGCUUUUUGCCCUGUCUGCAGAAGCCGAAGAGCAGGGCAUUCUUCCCGAUGAGCUGGCCAACGUGAUCAGACGGUUGUGGAGUGACAGUGGCAUACAGAGUUGCUUCACAAGGUCGCGGGAAUACCAGCUCAAUGACUCUGCCGCAUAGUGAGUGUGAAUUUGUGUUUGUGGUACUUUGUUGUAUCUGGCCGUGUGAGCGACCCCAUCGCUGUGCACGCAUUCAUAUUUGAAGGUGAAAACAAUCUGUUUUUUGGCUGUUUAAUACUGGCGUCAUAUUAUUUAUUAUUAGUGCCUUAAGGGUUGCUGUUUCUGUCGGUGUUGGGAUGGAUUUGGCAGUGUAGUGUUGUUGCUCUCAUUUGCGCUGCGGAGAGAAACCUGUCAUUGACUUCUCUCGGGGCCUCUAGAG